AUGCGGGCUUCUUGGUGGAUCGGGAUCGGGGCCGCAUUCCUCUCCUCACCAGUCGCCUCGAUAGAGACCGCACCCUUCUCGCCAGCGCACAAUGCCGCUGGCAAGCGAGCCUUCGAGGUUCUUCAAUUACUGAAACGAGCGGACAACAACUGUCCCUCCGGAUACAACGCGUGCACGAAGCUCGGUCACUCGGACGUCUGCUGUACACAAGGCACAAACUGCUCGCGCGACUCCGCCAACAAUAUCGCCUGCUGUCCUACGGGCGCCAGCUGCACGGGCAGUUUGACGGGGACUUCGACUGGCUCGACGAGCGAGACUGGUAGCAGUUUCCAAUUCCCCCAGGGUGCGACGGCGACCACCACAGACUCCGAAUCCACCACGGCCACCAUCACCGGCUCAACGGUGAGCGGGGCCUAUCCGUUUAUUUAUGUGCCGACGACAUUUUCCAAUGCCGCCACCUGCUCUUCCUACUACUCGCUGUGCCAGUCUGAAUAUACGCAAUGUACGGCCGCCCUCAUGGGCCGCUACGGGGUAACGGUAAAUGGCGGGGCCGCAGGCGGCGUCACGGUGGAAGCCGUCACCGCAACAUCGCAGGCCACGUCCAUCUGCUCGAGUCUGAGCGCCGAGGCCUGUCACGGUCUUCGGUUGAGUUACUGCGCAACGGUGGACUCCGAGUCCUCGAAUAGCGCCAGUGGGAAUGGCGCCCUGUCGGGACGAACCUCAUCUCUCCACGACCUAGUCUUCGGACUGGCAGUGGGGGUUGCGGGUCUCUUUGUGUGA